AAAACAGCCUGUUGAUGUCCCAGGUUCGGAAGACCAGGGCCAGACGGGCAGAGCCUCCUUUCCUCCGGGUUGCGCCCCCUAGUGGGCAUCUGCACUCGCCGCGGCCCGGUCUCCUGGCAACAGCAGGCGCACUGCGCUGGUCGCCCAACCGCCCGGGCCUCGUGCUCAGCUCUGUCACGCUGGGGUCCGAGCCCCCAUGACCUCCAAGCACUCGGAAAAGAAGCAGGUGCCGCGGAAGAACUCAGAGCACGGAUAUGACAGACCUGACGAUCCACGCCCUUUUGGCAGUCAUUUACAAUCCAGUUCUAUUGAGCAAAAGAAGGGGAAAUUCCAAAUCUGGCCAGAAUGGAGUGAAUCUGACAUAAAUGCAGAAAAGUGGGAUGCAGGCAAAGGAGGGAAAGAGAAGGACAAAGCAGGGAAAAGCCCUAUAUUUAAUUUUUUUGAAGAUCCUGAAGGAAAAAUUGAAUUGCCACCAUCUCUGAAAAUUUAUUCCUGGAAACGUCCACAGGAUUUUGUGAUAAAUCGGACUCCAGUAGUUGUGAAAGAUGAGAUCACAUUUGACUUGUUUUCAGCAAAUGAGCACUUAUUCUGCAGUGAGUUGAUGAGAUGGAUUAUCAGUGAAAUCUAUGCAGUAUGGAAGAUACUCAAUGGGCAGAUUUUGAGCAAUUAUUUGAAAGGAGCUUCUGGGGAACCUCCUAUUCUCCUCUGGAAGCCUUGGGAACAUAUAUAUUCCCUAUGCAAGGCUGUGAAAGGCCAUAUGCCUUUGUUCAAUAGCUAUGGAAAGUAUGUGGUGAGACUUUAUUGGAUGGGUUGCUGGAGAAAGAUAACUGUUGAUGACUUUCUGCCUUUUGAUGAAGAUAACAAUCUAUUGCUUCCAACUACAACCUGUGAAUUUGAACUCUGGCCAAUGCUGCUGUGUAAAGCUAUCAUUAAGCUGGCAAAUGUUGACAUCCAUGAAGCACAGAGGAGAGAACUGGGAGAGUUCACAGUUAUCCAUGCACUCACAGGGUGGUUACCGGAAGUCAUUCCUCUUCAUGAAGGCUAUAUGGACAAAGUUUGGGAGUUCCUAAAAGAAGUGUUGCCUGAGUUUAAGCUGUCAGAUGAGCCCAGCUUUGAAAGUAAAAUACCAGUGAUAGAAACAACAUUAAAAGAAUCAGGAAAAACUGAGAAGGACAGCAAAGAAGGGAAAGAUGCAAAGGAAGUAAAAGGCUUGAAGGAAUUCAAACCUGAACCUUCUGUAACGACAUUGAAAGGAUCUGAGAAAAGUGACAAAGUUCUCAAGGAUGCAAAAGACCUCGGAAAGAAGAGGAAUAAAGAUGGAGAAAGGGAAAAGGAUAAGGACAAAUUCAAAGUGUCCCGUCAUGGUUCAAGACCCUCAUCUGAUGUGCAUAACUCUGUGCAGUCCCUGUCAGAUUGUUCUUCACUAACACAGUCCCCUUAUAUGGCUGUAUAUGCUACCUUCAAGCCUCUCUAUCUGUAUGAAAAAAAUAUUUUUACAUUAAGGAAUAUGGCAGGCUCUGCAGAGAAGGUCAGAGAAUAUGGACUUUCCCAUAUCUGUAGCCAUCCUGUGCUGGUGACAAGAAGUAGGUCUUGUCCCCUUGUAGCACCACCAAAACCGCCUCUGAUACCUCCCUGGAAACUCAUUCGUUAUAAGAAAGAAACUGUUAUAACUGAUGAACCUCAAGUUACAGUAUUAAAGAAGCCUGAACAGUUUCUUGAGAUCUCAAGUCCUUUUUUGAAUUAUAGAAUGACUCCACUUAGAGUUCCAAAAAGAAGGCAUAAUGUACAAUCUGUUAUUAAGAAAGGGUUGCCUGUAGAAUCAGGUUUAUUGUCCAUCGCAGAAACCGAUGAAACUGAAGACUUCAGUCAGUCUGAAUUGGAUCAUAUGACAGGAGCUCCAUCUCAGGCUAAUAUUGUACCACAACCUGUACCUGGUAAAGAAGAGCAAGCAGGCCCUCGACUGAGUGAUGCUCAUCAAGCUGAUGGUCUUGCUUUGGAUAAGGCUUUGGUCAGUCAAACAACAGAAACGUUAGACAAAUCACAGGAAGAAUUUACAGCAGUACAUAAUGGUGUUUCCAAAGAAACAUGGUUAGAUUUUGAAGACUUCUAUGUAUGCUUUCAGCACAUAAUCGUUUUCCACAAGCCAGAUUCUUACUGCCUUACCUUUCAAAAAUCAGAAUUUAAGUUUUCAGAAGAACGUGUGUCCUACUAUCUAUUUGUGGACAAUCUAAAACCUAUUGAACUACUGGUUUGUUUUUCUGCAUUGGUACGCUGGGGGGAAUCUGGAGCUUUAACAAAAGACAGCCCUCAUGUGGAGCCUGGACUCCUAACAGGUGAAGCAAUUACUUGGAAGUCUCUGAAGCCACUCAGUUCUGUUCUGAGGAUUCAUACAUAUGCUACCAAGGCCACCAUGCUGCAGCUGCCUGCAGGGAGACACAUGCUGCUCUUCACUGCAUACUCCCCCGUGGGACAUUCCCUACACGUCUGCAGCAUGGUGAGUUUUGUCAUGGGGGAUGAAGACGUUGCGCUGCCCCACUUUGAGCAGGAGAGCUACCGAUUUACAGAGCAGUCUCUAAUAAUUUUGAAAGCUGUUGGAAAUGUGAUUGCUAAUUUUAAAGAUAAGGCUAAGCUUCCUGCAGCUCUGAAGGAUCUGCAAGCAGCUCACUACCCCAUUCCUCUGCACAACAAGGAGCUCACUGCCCAGCACUUCAGGGUUUUCCAUGUUUCUUUAUGGCGUUUAAUGAAAAAAGCUCAACUACCAAAGCUUCCUUCAAGCUUCAAAUUUGCAUUCCGGGCUCUGGUUUUGGAGGUCGAGUCCCUUGAUUCCUUCUUAGAGGAUGCUUCUUUAGCCGAAUGGGUAGAUAUUAAAUAUUCUACGCCAACAAAGGAGGAAGAGUAUCCUUCAGAGAAAGUAGCAGCAGCAAGUAAAAUUCAAUCGGUGUGGAGAGGGGCAUAUGUUAGACUACUUAUGAGAGCCAGAAUGCCAGGCACAAAGGAAAAUCUCAGUGUUGCAGAUGCUCUUCAAAAAAUUUGGGCAAUAUUGGAACUGAAUUUAGAGCAAUAUGCACUUUCCCUGUUAAGAGUAAUGUUUAAAAGCAAGUGCAAAUCUCUUGAAUCUUAUCCAUGCUAUCAAGAUGAAGACACUAAGCUUGCUUUCGCUGACUAUACUUUGACCUGUCCAGAUCAGCCACCAAAUUCUUCAUUUAUAAUAUUCAGAGAAACAUUUUUCAUUCCUCAAGAUAUGAUUUUGGUCCCCAAAGUGUACACCACACUUCGAAUUUGUGUCCUACAUGUUAUUAAUAAUGACACAAUGGAACAAGUGCCAAAGGUCUUCCAAAAAGUGGUGCCUUAUCUUUAUACCAAGAAUAAGAAAGGAUACACAUUUGUGGUGGAAGCAUUUAGUGGUGAUAUGUACGUGCCAGCCUCACAAUGGAAGCUGCGCCUCAUUGGUCAAUACACCCCACUCCCGUUCCUCGCCCGAGAUUCUCCAUGCAGCAGCUUCUCCACAAAGGAAAUCAGAGGAUACUACAUACCCAAUAAUAAGAAAAUUUUAUUCAGGUAUUCUGUUAAAGUGGCAUUAGUACAUCCUGUAACAAUACAGGUGCGGACAUCCAAACCAGAUGCAUUUAUCAAGCUGCAGGUGCUAGAAAACGAAGAAACUGUGGUGAGCUCCAUUGGAAGAGGCCAAGCUAUAAUCCCAGCAUUUACCUUCCUUGGAAAUGAGAAACCUAUGAGUUCCCAGUCUAACAAGAAAGUUCUUCCAUAUCAUAGUCCAUCCAAGAAAGAGUCAGAAAUGUAUGCUAAGAAGAAAUCUUCCCAGGGUAGUCAGAAGGCCUAUAAGAGUAGACGUGGAAGUGGGCUAGUGGACAUUGCCAUGCCUCUGUUGGAGGAGGAAGUUAUCAGUGUACCCUCCAUUGCGGAAGAGAAUUCUAACACACCACAGCAGGACUACAAGUAUAUCAUACAGUGUUUGGUGCUGUAUAACAGUUGGCCUCUCACUGAAAGUCAGUUGAUAUUUGUUCAAGCACUGAAAGACUUAGAGAAAAAAGAUAUAAAAGUUCAUGGGGAAAAACAUGAGGAAUUGAUUAUUGUGGGAAGCCCAGAUUCUCAAAUUACUAGUGAGGGGCAAAAAUCUUCAGGAACUUCCAAAACAAUAAGGAAAGGCAACGAAAAGUCUUCUGAGAAAGCAAAGACAGCCCAGGAAAAACAAGCAUCUCGCUUUGAGCCUCAGAUGUCGAUUGUUCACACUCAACCAGAAGAUCCAAACAAGCCCUACUGGAUUUUGAGAUUGUUCUCUGAACAUAAUGAAUCAGAAUUCUUUGAAGUAAAAAAAGAUACAGAACGAGCAGAUGAAAUCCGAGCCAUGAAGGAAGCCUGGGAGAAGAAUGAACCAGGAAGAGUAAUCAAGGCCUCUCAGGCUCGGCUGCGGUACCUCAGCCAGUUAUUUAAGAAACCAUUUGUUGCUCCCGAGAGUGUGACUGUGAGCGAAAGCCCAGCUAAACCCGCAGAAGAAGCAGGGCCUCAUUCAGGAUCCCCAUCACUUUUGAAAACAUCUUCACGACUUAUUAGAAAAGCACUGGAAUUUAUGGACUUAAAUCAGUAUGUACGGAAAACAAAGGAUGAGGCUGUGCUGCAAACAGAUGAACUGAAGCAGCAGCAAGUAAUGGAAAAGGCAGAAGAAAUUCAUCAGUUUCAGCAGUACAGGACCAGAGUCCUUAGCUCCAGAGAAACUGAUAGAAAAGAACAGUUUAAUGAGGUCCUGAACAAGUAUGCACAAAUACAGGACUCCUUAGAUGAAGCCCGACUGAAAAUCUUGGACAUCCGAGAAGAGUACAGAAGGAAGGUGCUAGAAGCCCAGCACCUAAAGUUGGAGGCACAGACAGCUCAGGAGGCAGAGCCAGAAAAGAAAGAGACAGAAAAGAAGGUCCCAGUUCCUGCCAACCAGAAAAAAAAGAAAAAGUAACCAAUACUACUUUUCUGUAGAAGAAAACACUGGAUAUAUCAAGCCAAAUGAAAACAGCCAUUUUCAUUAUCUUAGAAAUAGUUUCUACAUUUUGAUGUUAGGUUUUUUUUUGCAGAAAGUUAGCAUCUAGAGUCAUUAGAGUUGAAAAUGGUCUGACUUCAAUAAAAUUGCUACCAAAUA